UUUGCUUUGAAUUUGUGGGCUAUUGUUUUUCUCUUUUUUCAAUUUUUGAUUGUCUUCGUCUCCCUCACGAUGUUCCUCUUUUAAAUUAAACUUCACUACUUAAAAAGGGACAGCACGGCGGAGCGUGGAGUUUAUGUCUGUGGGACAGAAGCGUUUCAUUUGAGUCAUGGAGAAUACUCUUGGAUAUAUUGGUCUGAAAAAGCUAUUUUUUCUAGUACUUUGGCUAACCAAUUUGAAAAGUGAUGCUGCAGCAAGUGAUCCUGUGAAAAAUUUCAUUUCACUGCGAUUUGUCAGAGAGCCUGCUGAUUCCAUCGCAGUCAGAGGAGGAAAUGUGCUGCUGGACUGCUCUGUGGAAUCGAGCCAAGGCACACCAGUCAUUUCCUGGAAGAAAGAUGGCAUCUUUCUCGAUUCAGUGGUAGAAGACAGAAGACAGCAGCUAUCUAACGGUUCCCUCUUAAUUCAGAAUGUGGUGCACUCCCGGCACCAUCGACCAGAUGAAGGGCUCUACCAAUGCCAGGCUACCCUCGAAGGUGUGGGAGCUAUUGUAAGCAGGAUGGCAAAAGUCACAGUAGCUGGUCCUCUGAAGCCAGUUGUCCAGACAGAUUCCGUUUCAUCUUUUGUUGGAGACAUGGCCCUACUGAAGUGUGAGGCAAGUGGGGAGCCGAUGCCACUGGUGCGCUGGCAGAAGAACCGGGAUGACUUACCUCUAGGUGUUGGUGGUGAUGGCCGUAUUGUGGUGCUGCCAUCUGGGACCCUUCAGGUCAGCAAGGUCCAGCCAUCAGACUCAGCCACCUAUCGGUGUUUUGCCGAAAAUCCUGGGAGCUCUCGGACUGGCAAUGAUGCUGAGUUGAAAGUAUUAGCAGAACCAGGCCUUCCUCGAGCCAUAACAUUUCUUCAGAGACCAUUUGAUGUUACUACUCUAGAAGGAAAAGAUGCCAUUCUCGAAUGCUCUGCUUCUGGAUACCCAAAUCCAAACUUUCAAUGGAUGCGAGGGAGUGAACUCGUUCAAAUGAGAUCAAAAAAAUAUUCCCUACUGGGAGGUAGCAAUCUGCUUAUUACAAGAGUUACGGAUGAUGAUUCUGGGACCUACACUUGUGUGGCAUCAACCAAAGCUGAAAACAGCAGUGCUACAGCAGAACUGUCUGUGAUGGUUCCUCCGAGGUUUUUAAAUUAUCCCACUAACCUGUAUGCGUAUGAAAGCAUGGACAUCGAAUUGGAGUGUACCGUGACAGGAAAGCCCGCUCCCACUGUUCAGUGGGUCAAGAAUGGGGAAGUGGUUAUCCCAAGUGAUUAUUUUCAAAUUGUGGGUGGUAGUAAUCUUCAUAUUCUUGGACUUGUUAAAUCAGAUGAAGGAUUUUAUCAGUGUGUGGCAGAAAAUGAUGCAGGAAAUGUUCAAGCCAGUGCCCAACUUAUCAUUCAGGAACCAGUUGUCCCGAGCACCAGUGCCCUCCCUUCUGCCCCCCGAGAUGUGGUCCCUGUCCUGGUUUCCAGUCGCUUUGUCCGGCUAAGCUGGCGCCCUCCUGCAGAGACCCAUGGAUCAAUCCAGACGUAUAGUGUCUUCUUCAGCAGAGAAGGAGUCAACAGGGAAAGGGCAAUGAACACAUCACAGCCAGGAGCACUGCAGAUUAGCAUUGACAACUUAAAGCCUGAAGCGACAUAUUCUUUCCGUGUGGUGGCUUACAAUGACCGGGGACCAGGAGAGAGCUCACAGGUUUUGAAAGUAUCCACCCAGCCAGAAUUGCAAGUUCCCGGACCAGUAGAGAACAUGCAGGCUUUAGCCACAUCUCCAACUUCAAUUCUUGUUUCUUGGGAAGUUCCUGCUUAUGCCAAUGGGCCCAUUCAAGGUUAUCGGUUAUUUUGCACAGAGGUGUCAACAGGAAAAGAACAGAAUAUAGAGGUGGACAACCUAUCUUACAGACUGGAGGGACUGAAGAAGUUUACUGAGUACUCAGUGCGAGUCCUGGCAUAUAAUCGAUACGGACCUGGCAUGGCUACAGAGGACUUGACAGUUUCCACACUUUCUGAUGUGCCAAGCUCCCCUCCUUUGAACAUUUCGUUGGAAGUUGUCAACUCAAGAAGUAUCAAGGUCAGCUGGAUGCCCCCUCCUUCAAACACGCAGAAUGGCUUCAUCACUGGUUAUAAAAUACGGCACAGGAAGACUGGACGCAGAGGGGAUCAGGAAACAUUGGAGCCUAACAAUCUUUGGUACUUGUUUACAGGGUUGGAAAAAGGAAGCCAGUACAGUUUUCAAGUAGCUGCCAUGACAGCAAAUGGGACUGGACCUUCAAGUGAGUGGUACACAGCUGAAACUCCCGAAAAUGAUCUUGACGAAUCACAGGUACCAGAUCAACCAAGUUCGCUCCAUGUUCGACCACUUACCAACAGUAUCGUCAUGAGUUGGACUCCUCCUUUGAAUCCAAAUAUUGUAGUCAGAGGAUACAUCAUUGGAUAUGGAGUGGGAAGUCCUUACGCGGAAACUGUCAGAGUAGACAGCAAGCAACGAUACUACUCCAUUGAGAACCUUGAACCAAGUUCCCAUUAUGUUAUUUCCCUGAAGUCAUUUAACAAUGCAGGUGAAGGAGUUCCUCUGUAUGAGAGUGCAGUUACGAGAUCUAUGACAGACCCUAUUGACUCAUCGGACGAUGAUCUCUACCAUCUGUUUGAUAAAUUCCCUACCCCAGUCCCAGAUACCUCCACUCCCAUGAUCCCACCAGUAGGUGUACAGGCCGUUGCUCUCACACCCGACUCUGUGAGAGUCAGCUGGGCAGACAACUCUGUUUCCAAGAACCAGAAGACUGCAGAGGUCCGCUUCUACACUGUCAAAUGGAGGACCAGCUACUCAACCAGUGGGAAAUACAAGUCUGCAGACACCACGGCUCUGAGCCAUACAGUGACUGGACUCAAACCCAACACCAUGUAUGAGUUUGCUGUUAUGGUAACCAAAGGCCGCAAGUCAAGCACAUGGAGCAUGACGGCACAUGCCACCACCUAUGAAGCAGCUCCCAGUUCUGCCCCUAAGGACCUCACAGUAAUAAGCAGGGAGGGCAAACCUCGAGCUGUGAUCAUUAGCUGGCAACCUCCACUUGAGGGCAACGGAAAAAUCACAGGAUACAUUCUCUUCUACACGCUUGACAAGAACAUGCCAAUUGAUGACUGGGUAAUGGAGUCCAUUAGUGGAGACCGCCUCACUCACCAGAUCAUGGACCUCAACCUUGACACUGUUUACUACUUCCGCAUCCAGGCCAAGAAUGCAAAGGGAGUCGGCCCGCUGUCUGACUCCAUUCUCUUCAGAACACCCAAAGUGGAACACCCUGACAAAAUGGCUAAUGACCAAGGUCGCCAUGGUGACGGAGGAUAUUGGCCGCCUGACACUAAUCUGAUUGACAGGAGUAGCCUUAACGAGCCUCCUAUUGGUCAGAUCCACCCACCUCAUGGUAGUGUGACUCCACAGAAGAACAGCAACCUUCUUGUAAUAAUCGUGGUGUCAGUUGGUGCUGUGACCAUUGUUGUUGUGGUUAUUGUGGCUGUCAUUUGUACUCGGCGCUCUUCUGCACAACAGCGAAAGAAACGUGCCACACACAGUAUAGGCAAAAGAAAAGGCAGUCAAAAAGACCUGAGGCCCCCAGACCUAUGGAUUCACCAUGAGGAAAUGGAGCUGAAGAACAUUGAGAAGCCCACUGGCUCUGACCCAGCUGGCCGGGACUCGCCAAUGCAGGGUUGUCAGGACAUCACACCUGUCAGCCACAGCCAAUCAGAAAGCCAGAUGGGAAGCAAAAGCAGCCACUCAGGAGCAGAUGCUGAUGAAGUGGCCAGCAGCAUGUCUACCUUGGAGAGGUCCCUCGCUGCCCGCAGGGCAACACGCACCAAAUUAAUGAUUCCAAUGGAUUCCCAACCUAGCAAUCCACCUGUUGUAAGUGCCAUUCCAGUGCCAACUUUAGAGAGUGCCCAGUAUCCUGGAAUUCUACCAUCUCCCACUUGUGGGUACCCUCACCCUCAGUUUACAUUACGGCCUGUGCCAUUCCCGACCCUUACUGUUGAACGGAGCUACGGAUCAGGUAGAACAAUGACUGAGGGCGCGGCAGUACAUUCCCAGCAACCAUCCCUGCUUGCUCAAACGCAAGCUGAGCAUUCAGUACCAGAGGAGGUACCCAGCAGGACCAUCCCCACAGCCUGUGUCCGGCCCACCCACCCACUCCGAAGCUUUGCCAACCCCUUGCUACCUCCCCCAAUGAGUGCCAUAGAGCCCAAAGUACCCUACACACCUCUUCUGUCUCAGACAGGUGCAAAUCUUCCAAAGGCUCAGGUGAAGACUGCCUCCUUGGGGUUAGCUGGAAAGGCAAGAUCACCAUUACUUCCCGUCUCCGUACCAACAGCUCCUGAGGUAGCAGAAGAAGGGAAUAAACAGUCGGAAGAUCCCUCAAGUGUAUAUGAGCAGGAUGAUCUGAGUGAGCAGAUGGCUAGUCUAGAGGGACUAAUGAAACAACUGAACGCCAUUACUGGCUCGGCCUUUUAACAGUGACACCCAACUGGGGCAAAACAAGUAGAAGCAUCACAGCACACCCAGUAUUCCACUAAUGAAGAUGCUGACAGGGAGAGGCAACGCACUGCUGGAUCUUAAGGAUGCAAUUCAGCUCAAGCUAACAGACACUACAGCUCUGACUUCUCUGAAGAAGAUUCAUUUGGAUGAGGCUUUAAGUUAAGGGAAACUGUCAAGCAAAAUAACAAACUUGAAAUGUUUCCAUUAUUUUUGUUUUUCUGUAAUUAAUCUUUUUGUUGGUAUUUAACAGCCUAAGUUCAUGGUUUUUUUUUCUGCUGUAGGCUCAGGAUCUGAAAAUGAAAUGUGAUCAGACUUCAUACUGUGCCACUGAUUUAAUUUGGUUUCAGAUAUUCCAGAAACACAUCCACAGAAGUGACAGAAUACAAGAUUACUGAUUGUAGUCAGUUUUUGGGGAAAAAAAAAAUGCAGUCUUUGGGUUUUUGCAGAUAUACAUCAAGUUGCUUCACCAUUUUCUCCAGCUUUCUCGGUUAGAUGUGAAAGGACACUCACUAUUUGCUGCUGGUUUUAAAGCUGGCUUGUGUAAUGUAUUCCUAAUUUAUUUCUAUUUUUCUACCAUUUUUUGAGGAAAAUUUCUGUGAUCUUGUAGACAUUUUAAAAACUCCUUCACAUGGUAGCCCAGAAGAAUUGGCUUUGUUCAUAUUAAAAUAAAAAGCAAUGGGUGAAAAUAAGAGUGCACAGUAUAUAGUUUGAAAUCCAAGUCCUUUUAAAGUUAAAUGAAUUAAUGAAAGUGGCAGUUAAUUAAUAACAUUCCAUCUUUAUUAUUAUGCUUCAAAAAACAGUGCCAAGAAUCAAUGGAUAUUUUUCCCAAAAUUACUUUAUAUUUUUAUUAUUAGUUACAGGCAAAUCUACCAAAAAAAAAAAAAGAACCUUAUGGCAUCAGUGCUAUGUUCUGUAAACUUAUUAUCCUUUAUUUCUUUGGAGGUGUAAACAGAAGGAGAAUGAACAGAACAGUUCAGUGUUUUGUUCCAGUCAGCCCAUCAAAAGAAUUCACCACAUUUACUGGGUGUGCAUCAAAACCAGAGUGGCACUGAAGAGCUUCAUUUUGGCCACGGAAGGCAAUGUUUCUUGUGCGCGUACAUCUGACGAUAGUAAGACUGA